CUCAAAUGAACCAUGAAGCAUCCAUGGUUAAUCUUGUUGAUAAUGAUGAAAUAGAUGAUGAUGAAGUUGAAGUGAAUAUGCCAAUGGGGCCACCCUCAAAGCAUCAAAGGAUGCCUUCAAGUAGUGGGAGUGGGUCUUCCAUCAAUAGCACUAUCAAGGGUCCUAUGAAUCUCUAUUUCUCGCAAAAACCAAACGAAAAAAGAAAAGGUGGACCUAUUGACUUAGAAUCUUCUAGAAAGAUUUUGAGGGAUCGUGUUGUAUCUGCUUUUGCUAGGUGGAUGUAUGAUGCAGGGCUUCCUUUCAAUUGUGUUAAUUACACAGAGAGUUUUUGUGAAUUCAUUGAGGCAGUCGGCCAAUAUGGCCCUGGAAUGAAGCCCCCCACCUAUCAUGAGGUAAGAGUUUCUUUUAUAAAUAAGGAGGUGAAAAAGACAAACAAGAUAGUAGAACAUAAGGUUCAAUGGAAAACGUAUGGUUGUUCCAUUAUGAUGGAUAAAUGGACAGCAAGGAAUGGAAAAAUGGUCAUUAAUGUUUUGGUGAAUUCUCCAAGAGGGAGUGUGUUUCUUGAAUCUUAUGAUGCUAGUGACUCUUCUACCGAUUCUAAUAAGAUGUUUAACUUGUUUGAGAAGACUAUCAUGAAGAUAGGCAAGGAAAAUGUGGUACAAGUUGUGACUGAUAAUGCAAGUGAGAACAAAAAAGCGGGUAACAUGUUGAAGGGAGUGUUCCCACAUAUUUUCUGGACUCCUUGUGAUGCUCACUAUAUCAAUUUGAUGUUUGGUGACAUUUUCAAAGAAGCCCCGUAUUCUACAGUUUUUGGUAAGGCAGUUAAGGUACAUGCUUAUAUCAAUCAAAGGGCAUUGUUGUUGAAUAUGAUGAGGAGAUACACAAAGCAAAGAAAUUUGGUAAAACCCGCCAAGACAAGAUUCGCAACAGCUUUUUUGACUUUGUAUAGUUUUUAUAAGCAAAAGAAAAAUUUGAGAACUUUGUUUAUGUCAACUGAAUGGAAUGAGAGUAUCUAUUCAAAGGAAACUCUUGGUAAAGAAGUUGCAAGACACAUCAUUAGUCCAUUUUUUUGGAAUGACGUUGUUCAAGCACUUAGAGUUGGUGGUCCUUUAAUUCAUGUACUUCGUAUGGUGGAUGGGGAGAAAAAACCACCAAUGGGUUACAUUUAUGAAGCCAUGGACAGGGCCAAAGAAAGUAUUGAAAAGGCAUUCAAUUAUGAUACAAGGAAAUAUAAGAGUGUUUUUGAAAUCAUUGAUGCAAGGUGGACAGAUCAACUUCAUCAACCUUUGCAUGCAGCGGGACACAUUUUGAACCCAGGGCUCUAUUAUAAAAAUAAUGACAUGAAGACUUUAACUGAAGAUGUGUGGCAGGGAUAUCAUAAAUGUGUUGAGAGGAUGAUCCCAGAUAAAAAUUUGCAAGACAAAAUAGGGGAGGAGCUUGGUGUGUACAUGAAAGCGGAUGGCCUACUUGGAAUUGAAUCAGCCAUUAGAGCUAGAACCUUAAGGUCACCAGGUGAGAAUUUCAUCUUUUAAUUGUGUUUAAAGCUUCAACUUUUAAGUUAUUACACAUCUUUUAAAAUAACUCUUCUACAGUUGAAUGGUGGAUGCAAUAUGGUCAUAAUGUCCCAAACUUGCAACAGUUUGCUAUUAGAGUGCAAAGUUUAACUUGUAGCGCAUCCGGUUGUG